UAUUUGGGGAUGUGAAUCUCCUAACUGUCUUUAUUCCAAGUGUAAUGAGAACACCGGCAUUUGCACAGAUGGGUGUAAAACUGGACUUGUUGGACAAAACUGUAAUAACAGUUAUUAUAAUAUUGCUUCUAAUGGAGUGGCGACUAAAAAUCCUCCGAGCAAAAGUCAUCCAGCAUAUCUGUCCAUCGAUGGAAACCGGACGGGUAGUUGUUCAAGGACAUCUGGACCUCACUCAUAUCUCCAGGUUGACACUGGGUUUACGAGUAUCAUAACCAUGAUUUAUCUGACUUUAAAUGGGUCUGCACAAUUGAAUGCUGGCACUUAUUCAGUAUACUGUACAAACACAAGUGACGACUGGACAGACGCGAAAGUAUUAUACCACGGCCUUCGUCCGACGGAAGAUAUUCACGUAUCUGCUGUCUGCAGAUAUGUUAUCUAUGUACCACCUACUAUAAGUGGAAAUUCCGAAGUCGAUUUGUGUGAAAUAGAAAUUGGUGGUUGUCCUUUUGGAAAAUAUGGAGUGAACUGUGAAAUGAACUGUUUAGAAAACUGCAUAUUAGGAUCUUGUAAUUUAGUUAAUGGAAACUGCACACAUGGUUGUGUUGAUGGCUGGAUUGGUGAAAGGUGCAACGAACCCUGUUAUGAAGGUUGGUUUGGAAAACAAUGUAUGCACGCAUGUUCAUCGCACUGUUUCUUGCCUCCUUGUAACCAUGUGACGGGAGAAUGUAAUGGAGGAUGUCAAAAAGGAUGGAAAGAUAAUAACUGCUUUGAUGAAUGCAGUCAUGGAUAUUUUGGAAGAAAUUGCUCACAGUCAUGUGAUGGAUGCAUAUCGAACAAUUGUGACCGUUUUGACGGCUUCUGCAAUGUCGGGGACAAAUGUAAACCAGGGUAUAUAAACCACCCUAAAUGUAAUCAAUCAUGUGAUUACUGGUUCUAUGGUGAAAACUGUGCCAAAAAAUGCAACUGCCUCUCUGAUCCUUGUAAUAAAUCUACUGGAUUGUGUCCUGACGGGAAAUGUGACAAAGGAUGGUUUGGUGAAUCUUGUAAUAAAGAAUGCAGCGAAGGAUAUUACGGGUACAAUUGUAUCGGUUACUGUAACAACUGCUUUAACACGUCAUGUGAAAUAUAUGAAGGCAAUUGUACUUAUGGUUGUAUUGAGAAGUUAAGUGGUCCACAUUGCAAGCAAGCCGACUUUCAGCCGUUAGAAGAACAAGGACCUGUUACAAUCGUUAUAGGAGGAAUUUGUGCUGCAAUAUUUGUGGUGAUUCUUGCAAUUAUAUGUUUUAUCGUUUACAGACGGUUCUUUAGAUUGCAAAAACACAGAAAUCAUCCAACUAUGAGAGAAAAUACAAAGACUCGUUCAGCUACAACUGAUCAAAGUGUAAUGUAUGAAAACGUGAAAGGCGACUUUACAAGUUCAGAAAAUAUACGACUAUCGUUUGAAGAAAAGCACGAUGGAAAAAUCCAAACAUUUGAUAUAAGUUCUAAUGAUUUGCCAGAUGAAGAGGAAGAGGGGAAUGUCAAUGUUUAUGGCAAUGUUAUUUCGGAAGAUGAUAUAUGUCAGUACAAAAUUCAAAUUGAGGACCUGUCAAACGUGAUAAAUGAAAAGCGUAAAGACAAUGGCUUUGAAAAUGAAUAUGGGAUGUUCCCAAAAGGUCUAAUUCAUGCUCAUGUUGAGGGAUCAAAAGAAGAAAAUAAAGCUAAAAAUAGAUUUUUGUCGACAUGGCCAUAUGACCACUCCAGAGUAGUUUUGAAAGGAGAUACAAAAUCGGAUUACAUAAAUGCAAAUUACAUCGACGUAAGUUCCUAAUUGUAUCUAUAUAUACAGGUUGGAAUAACAAUGUAGAUGUUAUAACAUAAAGUGCAUGUA